AUGUCGUUUGCAUGCGAUGCAAUUCAAUCUUCGCUUGAGAGCGCCUACGAUGUAGCAAAGUCCUUGGGAGGAACAUAUCUUGACGUUUUUUGUUCGACUAAGGCUACCUACGAGUCGUCCGCAGCGCUUCUCGAUGACUGCGAAAUUGACUGGCCAUGCUCAAACGCUGGAUCAAUGACAAUGUCUAUCUUGAUGAUUCUCUUCUUCUCAUUUCUGAUGAUGAAAAACUGA